AAAAAGCUACACGCUGGCACAUGCACAAUGAUUCACAUCCAAGGUAUAUUAAGAGCCCUCCGACGCUCCAAGCAGGUAUUCAAAGCCAGUGCAGAAACUGAAAACAAAACCAAAGAACGUGAAAAAAAAGUUGACUCUUCAAUCCUUGGAACAUUUUUAAAACGUCACAUAUUGUCGCUCAAAAUGGGUCUGGUCAUGAGUCGUGUUUGGGAAAUAAUUUUCAGCUCGUUUAAGAAACCCUGCCGGAUUUUGAUGAUCGGUCUGGACAAUGCUGGUAAAACAACGAUUCUGUACAAAAUGAAGUUGAAUGAACUGGUCACGUCCAUCCCGACAAUUGGUUUCAACGUCGAAUGCAUUGAUUACAAAAACCUGAACAUGACGAUUUGGGACGUUGGAGGACAGAAAACCAUACGAGCUCUUUGGCGCCAUUAUUACCAAAAUACACAGGCCGUCAUCUAUGUCAUCGACUCGAACGACGCGGAGCGACUGGCCGAAGCAGCGGAAGAAUUGCACGACGUGCUCCGAUCCGACGAAUUACCCCAAGACGCCGUUUUACUCAUUUUGGCAAACAAACAGGACCUACCGAACGCAAAAAGCAUUUCAGCCAUAACGGAAGCACUGAACCUGAGAUCCCUGCGAAACCGAGACUGGUUUGUUCAAGCAACUUGUGCAGCUAGAGGUGAAGGUUUGAUCGACGGCUUCGAGUGGUUGGCAAAAGCCAUCAACGCAAAAAAGUGAAAUGCCUUCAAGCGAGCGACGUGAUUUUUUUUUUCUGCAUGCUGUGCUUUUGAUAAAUUCGUGAAAGCAAACGAAUCGCUGGUUCAGGAGAGAUUCCGUUAUAACAAACUUAUGUAAAAAACCAGAAUUUAGUUACCAGAAAAUGUACAAAACUUUUCAGUUCGCCAGUAUAACGGAAUUCUCCUCGCACGUAAUUCUGAAUUGACUGAAACAAGCAUCGUUUAUUUUCAAAGGGUGUAAAUAAAAUCGGGGACAUUUCCGUGAAAGCCAUUCCAAAAA